AGCCCGCGCCCGCCGCCGCCCGCCGGGCUCGCGCGGCGAGGAGGGAGGAGAAACUUUGCUUUUUAUUGUUGCUUUUCGUGCUUAAGUGCGAGGAACUCUGCCGGGAGGAAAAAUGUCCUUCUUCAAUUUCCGUAAGAUCUUCAAGUUGGGGAGCGAGAAGAAGAAGAAGCAGUACGAACAUGUGAAGAGGGACCUGAACCCCGAGGAGUUUUGGGAAAUUAUAGGAGAACUGGGCGACGGAGCCUUUGGGAAAGUGUACAAGGCUCAGAAUAAAGAGACCAAUGUUUUAGCUGCUGCAAAGGUGAUUGACACGAAAUCUGAAGAAGAACUUGAAGAUUACAUGGUUGAGAUUGAUAUAUUAGCAUCUUGUGAUCAUCCAAAUAUAGUCAAACUUCUAGAUGCCUUCUAUUAUGAGAACAAUCUUUGGAUCCUCAUUGAAUUUUGUGCAGGUGGAGCAGUGGACGCUGUGAUGCUUGAACUUGAGAGACCAUUAACUGAGUCCCAAAUACAAGUAGUUUGUAAACAGACUCUAGAGGCUUUGAACUACUUACAUGAUAAUAAAAUCAUCCACAGAGAUCUGAAGGCUGGCAACAUUCUUUUUACCUUAGAUGGAGAUAUAAAGUUGGCGGAUUUUGGAGUAUCAGCUAAAAACACAAGGACAAUUCAAAGAAGAGAUUCCUUUAUUGGCACACCGUAUUGGAUGGCUCCUGAAGUAGUCAUGUGUGAAACAUCUAAGGACAGACCCUAUGACUACAAAGCUGAUGUUUGGUCCCUGGGUAUCACUCUAAUAGAAAUGGCUGAGAUAGAACCACCUCAUCAUGAAUUAAAUCCAAUGCGAGUGCUACUAAAAAUAGCAAAAUCUGAGCCCCCUACAUUAGCACAGCCAUCAAAAUGGUCUUCAAAUUUUAAGGACUUUCUAAAGAAAUGCUUGGAAAAGAAUGUGGAUUCCAGGUGGAAUACAUCUCAGCUACUGCAGCAUCCUUUUGUUACGGUUGAUUCCAACAAACCAAUUCGAGAGCUGAUUGCAGAGGCAAAGGCUGAAGUAACAGAAGAAGUUGAAGAUGGCAAAGAGGAAGAUGAUGAUGAGGAAACAGAAAAUUCUUUGCCAAUACCUGCAAGUAAACGUGCCUCUUCUGACCUUAGUAUUGCCAGCUCUGAAGAAGAUAAACUUUCACAAAACGCUUGUAUUUUGGAAUCUGUCUCUGAAAAAACAGAACGUAAUACUUCUGAAGAUAAAUUUAACAGCAAAGUUCUUAAUGAAAAACUUACCACAGAUGAACCUGAAAAAGCUGCAGAGGAUAUUAAUGAACAUAUUAAUGAUGCUCACUUAGAAGCUAUGGCUGAACUUGAUAAUAGGACAAUAGUAAUCAAGGAAAAUGGCAGAGAGGAGAAGAGACCCAAGCUUGAAAGUCUGCCUGAUACAGAAGACCAAGAAACAAUGGACAUUAAUUCAGUCAAUGAAGGAAAAGAGAAUAAUAUAAUAACUUUAGAAACAGAUACUGAACAGAGUCUGAAACCUGAGGAAGAAAGGGAUCAAGAAAAGCAACAGAUAUUUGAAAAUAAGAUUAUAAGAUCUGAAGAAAUUAAAGAUACUGCUAUUCAAACAAUGGACUUAGUUUCUCGAGAGACUGGAGAAAAAGAGGCAGACAUUCAGGCAGUUGAAAAUGAAGUUGCACUUACAAAGGAAGACACCCAAGAGAAAUUGGGAAAGAAUGACGAAACUCCAGAAGAAGUGAUCAGCCAUAUAAGCGAUGUCAUAGGAACAAAUGAGGCAGGAGACGUUGCCCAGAAGGCAGUUGAAAACAAUGCUGAGGAUGCUCAGAGUAAUGAUGGGAAUGAAGUGGUUGAAGUAGACCAGAAAUUAGUAAGUAAGCCCACAGAGGGUCCUGAGGCUGGUGGUUCUGAGGAAGUUCCUUUUAAAGACAUAGUGGAAACUAAGGAGAUAGAUCAGAAGUCUUUGGAAGAUAAAGAUGAAGAACAGUCACUCAGCAGUUUAGAGAACAUAGUGAAAACCAGUGAGGAAUCUGGCACAAAUGAAGGUGAGGAAAUUACUGAGUCCAGUAGCACUGAAGAAAUAGAGGUCAGACAUGCAGUAAUUUAUACUGACCAAGAGGCUUUAGGAAAUGAAAUUCCAGAUGCUCAUGAAGCUACUGCUCAGAUAGAUACAGAGCAAAAAGCAAUACCAUGUGAAGUGCCAAUUGAAAGAGAACCUCCCGUGACUUCCUCUUCACAGCCUAGUGAACCUCAGCCUGUUCCAAUACCCAGUAUUAAUAUCAACUCUGAAGAUGCAGAAAAUAAAGGGGAAAUAGGUGCUUUAUCAAAAACUGAAGCCAUGUUGCUUCCAGAAUCUGAGAAUCAAAAGGAAAAUGAUACUGAUUCAGGCACUGGUUCCACCGCUGAUAAUAGCAGCAUUGACUUAAAUUUAUCCAUCUCUAGCUUCCUAAGCAAAACUAAAGACAGCGGAUCAAUAUCUUUACAAGAAACAAGAAGACAAAAGAAAACAUUGAAGAAGACCCGCAAAUUUGUUGUUGAUGGCGUAGAAGUGAGUGUAACCACGUCAAAGAUAGUUACAGAUAGUGAUUCCAAAACUGAAGAGUUGAGGUUUCUUAGACGUCAGGAACUUCGGGAGUUAAGAUUCCUUCAAAAAGAAGAGCAAAGAGCCCAACAGCAGCUCAAUAGCAAACUGCAACAACAACGAGAACAAAUUUUCCGGCGCUUUGAGCAAGAAAUGAUGAGCAAAAAGCGUCAAUAUGAUCAAGAGAUUGAGAAUCUAGAAAAACAGCAGAAACAGACUAUUGAACGUCUAGAACAAGAACACACAAAUCGCUUGCGAGAUGAAGCCAAACGCAUUAAAGGAGAACAAGAGAAAGAGUUGUCCAAAUUUCAGAAUAUGUUAAAGAACCGAAAGAAGGAGGUUAUAAAUGAAGUGGAGAAAGCACCCAAAGAGCUGAGAAAAGAGCUCAUGAAACGCAGGAAAGAGGAGCUUGCACAAAGCCAGCAUGCUCAGGAACAGGAAUUUGUUCAGAAGCAACAACAAGAAUUAGAUGGCUCUCUGAAAAAGAUCAUCCAACAGCAGAAGGCAGAACUGGCCAAUAUUGAAAGAGAGUGCCUGAAUAACAAACAGCAGCUCAUGAGAGCUCGAGAAGCUGCAAUUUGGGAGCUUGAAGAACGACACUUACAAGAAAAACACCAGCUGCUCAAACAGCAACUUAAAGAUCAGUAUUUCAUGCAAAGACAUCAGCUACUUAAGCGCCAUGAGAAGGAAACAGAACAAAUGCAGCGUUAUAAUCAACGACUUAUUGAGGAAUUGAAAAACAGACAGACUCAAGAAAGAGCAAGACUGCCUAAGAUUCAGCGCAGUGAAGCCAAGACUCGAAUGGCCAUGUUUAAGAAAAGCUUGAGAAUUAACUCAACGGCCACACCAGAUCAGGACCGUGACAAAAUUAAGCAGUUUGCUGCUCAAGAAGAAAAGAGGCAGAAAAAUGAGAGAAUGGCUCAGCAUCAGAAACAUGAAAAUCAAAUGCGGGAUCUUCAGUUGCAGUGUGAAGCCAACGUCCGAGAGCUGCAUCAGCUGCAGAAUGAAAAAUGCCACCUAUUGGUAGAACAUGAAACUCAGAAACUCAAGGAAUUAGAUGAGGAACACAGCCAAGAAUUAAAGGAAUGGAGAGAGAAAUUGAGACCUAGGAAAAAGACACUGGAAGAAGAGUUUGCCAGGAAACUGCAGGAACAGGAGGUGUUCUUUAAAAUGACUGGGGAGUCUGAAUGCCUUAACCCAUCAGCACAGAGCCGGAUUUCCAAGUUUUAUCCUAUCCCUAGCUUGCAUUCCACAGGGUCGUAACAGUAGGAAGCAGUCUGUGGUUCGGUUUGGCUUUUUAAAUAUGUCAUUCUGUUCUCUUCAUCUUCUGCCACAAUCUAUAUCAGAGAGCUUAUGAAGACAAUCACCUGCCUCACCUUCUAGGUGUUUUUUGUUUAUUUGUUUGUUUGUUUGUUUAGCAAAGAUGAAGGGAAAGGAACCGUGACAGAUGCUAGGCCAUGUUGGCGAAGUGGCAUCUUGCAGUAAUUCCCUAAGGUGAUUUUGUAUAUUAAUCUUAAAAAUUGUGUUCUUUAGACACUGUUAGGUGAAAUACUUUAGAAAUAAAAUGUUUGAGGUGUUUUUUUUUUAAAGCUGUUAGGUCACUGAGUAUUAGUGAAUAUCUUUUUACCUGACCUAACUUCUCAGUGAUGCCUAAAUUCUGUAGUUGCAACUCUGCUGUAGAGAGUUGGAAUAAUUUUAUUUUGGUGAAUCUGCUCUCAUGAAAAAGCUAUGAGUUGCUCAAAAUACCAUAUUGGUUGAGUAAAUAAAUCUAUUUUAUCUUUAAAUAGCAACAAACUUUUUAAAAAGAAACAUUAUUUCAAUAGCUUGUCUCAAAUAAUUACUUUCAGUCAUGAGCUAAAAAUUAAGGGUGCUAGUUUUAUUAAAAUAGUGCCUAAAACACUAAAUUUCAUUGGAGUCUAAAGUAGGAUUUUCUCUUGAUUCAACAGGGACAAACAUCCUUAGCAUUAAACAUUAUUGUAUUUUAAGUCUUGCUCCUGUUACCAUUUGAUGAAAUUUCCAUCCUAAAAUCUAUGUUUUGCAAGGUUGGAAAGAUGUAAAAAAAAAAAAAAAGUAGCUUUUAUAUACUGAAAUUCGGCAUGUAACACUCACCAAAUUAAAAGUAUAGACUUAGCAUUCCAGCUCAUUUCCUAAAAUAGUCUGUGAGCUGGGCAAGGGACCUCUUCCAUCCUAGCACACUUCGUCCAUUGAAGGCUCUGCAGGCUCUGCGUUAAAUGUACUUUUUGAAAUUAAUCUUAAAAGAGGCAUUUGUUCAGAAUACUUUUUCAGAAAGCAUUUAAAUAAAAUACUUAGGCAACGUCAGAAAUGACUGUGUUGUUGAGAGAAAGUCAUUUGUAUUUUGGUUUUAUUUAGUUCCAUGUUUAAAUUAUUUGAUUUGAAUGGGAAAAGCCUGACACCUUUACCAUCUGGUUGCUGAUAUGUGUAAUUAUUAAUGAAAUGUUCACUCUUGGUCCCUCUUGCGGCUUAGAAUUCCAAGCCCGCGUCAGGUCAAGCAAUAUUAUGAAAUGUACUUGGGUCGGUGAGACGGCACAUUUGUAAAUCAUGCUUGCUGCUUGCCACUUCCAGCCUGUUCUCUUCGAAGAGUACCAGGUUCCAAGUUGUGGAAGUUUCAUUUUUUAGUUACGUUACGUUUGAGGCUGGUGAAAAAUUCAAGUGUAAUUUUGUGGGAACACUGAUUCAUAUUAAGAAAAUGUAAAUAUGUGUAGUAGCACUUUCUUGCAGUUAAUUUGAAAACUUUGCUGAACCUUAUUUUGUCAGUGGUUUAGAUGAUUUAAAAAUGCAUGUGUGAUUUUAAUUUUGUAAUUGUUUUGACAAGCAUAAUUUCUUGGACAACUUUGUAGGUAGCCUUAACUUCUGGCCAAGUUUGUUUUUUAUAGAAGUAUAUAUACAUAUAUAUAUAUAUAUACAUAUAUAUAUAUUAUGUAUGGUUGUAAAUUCAUACACUUAUCACAUUGAAUGUGUUGCUGUAUACAAAACUCUUUUAAUGCUUUAUUCUCAAAUGCUGGGUUGAAAAAUGUUUUGAAAGCCUUUUAAAGUAUAUAUCUUUAUAAAGUAAUAUUCAGGAUGAUGAUGGAAAUUGUUUAUAUUAUUAUGAUAAAAAUGACAUUAUAAUGUUACCCAACGUAUUUAAUGAUUUAUUUGCAGAGGGAGAGAGGAGGAAGGUUCUUACUACUCUCUCCUUUGAAAUUUUCAGUUUAUUGGCUUUAUAAAAAGAAUUCAGGUAGUGGACAUUUUUUCAGUAUCUUUUAAAGGAUAUCCUGUGUGCUAAAUAGCUUGUGGCACAUAAUCAAUUUAGUCUGAAUAUUUGAUUCUUUUUAUUCUUUUCAACUUGUCGUGAGAGUAUUGAAUAAAGAAAAGAGGCUCAGAGUAGAAUGGUUGAUACUCUGGUAAAUUUAUUAGCAAAUCUUGUAAAACCCUUAAAACUGCCCUUUGGAUUCAGUGUCCUUGCUGGAGUUCUCUUUCAUAUGUAACCAUACUCAUGUGGGUGCAGGACUGCAAAAUGAUACAUACGUAGAGAUGAACAAUUCAUUUUAACGCUUAAGUUACAUAUAUCUUUGCAAAAAGCAUUUUGUUACAGAAUAUGCUGUUUUUACCCAUCCCCGCUCACUUCUUGUUAAGCCCUAUAUUCAAAUAGAUAAUAGUGGUCAUUUGUUCUUGCAUGAAGUGUAGGUGGAGAACUGGGGACGGGCACAGACUUCUUUGAAGUCAAAGGGUACAGUCAGACCCAUUCCGUUUUUGGUGGUGGUGUUGCUCUGGCAGGAUGUGCUAUGAAACACAUCAAAGAAAGUCUGUGUGUGCCCCGACGCCGGCCUCCCUCUUCUCCCUGCGUGCUCUGAACACACCGCACGCCACACUUCUGCAGGCCUGGCUCCAGAGCCAGUUGCACCGGGUUGCCUUUCCUAGUCCUGUCCGUCUGUAGUUGAGUGUGAACUGCUGAGUUAGCUGCUAUUCUUUAUGGAGUCACAAUUAAGCUUUUCUUACCCUUUCCAGUGGGCAGUCUGUGGGGAGCGGGGGGUAAAGAGGAAAUUGAGAGUGCUUAUACUUUGUUGAAAAUGUUAGAACUUUCCUGUGACAGGACAUGGCAAAUUGUAAUUAAAUAUAAACCGAACCAGAGCUACCUCUAAGUAGUGUUUCCUCAAGCACAAAGCUCUCAGGCAUAUGAGACCCGCUGUAAUGGAGGGUCUCUGAUUUCUUGAGCAUCAGCGAGUUCAGAAGUGACUGUCUUUUGUACUCUGUUAGUUCCCUGGUGACUACACACUUUCUCCCAUUCCACACUGUGCUUAAAUGACAAAGACUCUUCUGAGAAGCCAAAUUCUGUCCGAGAUUAGCUAUAGAUAUUGAUUACAGGAGAGCUUAGAACUGGCGUGGAAGAGGAGUUACUUUAGCUCCAGUUCUGAGAAUCUUCUGAUGAAAUACAUCACUUCUUUUCAAGGAGACGAUCUUUUAUAGGAAAUGGGAUAUUUUAAAUGCUUUUCUUGAAGGCUCAACAGUUAAUGUCUCUAUUGUUGCUAGUCUGUGGCUGACAUGGUUUUGACAUGGCUUUAAAAUUUCUGCUAAGCUUGAGUAGAAUGUUACACCAGUUUUAAAUGUUGGCUGCAGCUUUUGGUGAUCCUUUGCUGAUUUUUUACAGUGUAAUAACCUCAUAAGCUGUUUUCAAAAUGAGUUUUGUUUCUGAUUAUGCCUCUUGUCUAUUUGGGAGCAACAUGUCUUUUCAAUCAUGGGAUUGACAACUGAAAAAUAAAGUUAUUUCUUAAUCUA